ACAACUACCCGGCUGUGUUUUGGUUCGAAGGUUAAGUUCUACAUGUGAUAAUAAGGCGAAAAAGUAUUUUAAUGUUUUUUUAUACUAAAUGGAUUACAAAGAAGAACAACAUGGAGAAAUAGAAGCCCUAGAAUCAAUAUAUUAUGGAGACUUAAAAAUAAUAUCUUCAGAGCCAUUUUACAAGUUUUCAAUAGAGAUAAAAUCGGAAGAAUACAAUGCAGAAGAGCAGAAUGGACUGUCAUGUUCGAUAAUUUUUACCUUUGUAGACAAAUAUCCUGAUAAACCACCCCUAAUUGAGUUAGAUGAUGUUGUAAAUUUAAGUGAGAAAAAUGAAAAUGAACUCUUAGAUUUUCUCAAGAAACAGGCAGAAGAAAAUUUAGGAAUGGUAAUGAUUUUUAGUCUAGUAUCUGCUGCCCAAGAAUGGUUGAAUGUACAGUGGGAUGCUAUUAAGAAACAGCAGCAAGAAGAACAGUUAAUUAGAGAAAAAGAAAAGGAAGAAGCUGAAAGGAAAAAGUUUGAAGGUACAAGAGUUACUGUAGAAUCAUUUUUAAAGUGGAAACAAGCAUUUGAAGAAGAACUGCAAAUAGAUAAGAAAAGAGAAAUGAGUAAAAAGAUUGGCAAACUUACUGGAAGAGAAUUGUUCAUUACAGACAAAACAUUAAAUGAAUCAGACCUUAAAUUCUUAGAAGGUGAAGAAGUUAAGGUUGAUGAGUCAUUAUUUCAAGAUUUGGAUGAUUUGGACAUUAAUGAUGAAGAUGAUGAGGAUGAUCCUGAUUUUGAUCCAAGCAACUAUAACAGUGAUGACAGUUCUUAAGUCUGAUCCUAGAAUUGCAUUUUCCACUAAAUAAUAACAUAAAAUACUGUACUAAAGCUUGUUAUUCCAGUUUGUAUAUUACAUCUUUUGAAAUUAUUAAACGAAAAGAAAAAAUGCCUAAUUAAA